AUGUAUGGGGUGACGGAGCUGGGCCACAGCGUGCUAGCACACAUCCACGGCUUCGAGCCGUACUUCUUCGUCGAGUGCCCAAAGGAGUUGCAAAAUCCUGAGGGCGUGGCAAGCUUCCAAAGUGCGUUGGAGGCGCUGUUGGCUUCGUCGAACUGCUGGGACAAGCCGAACCCCUACGUUCGCAAGGUCGAGAUGGUUCAGCGAUCUACCCUUAUGCGUUGGCAGGGCUCCUGCGACCACUCCUGCUUCCUGCGGGUCACUGUGGCCGUGCCGAGCUUGGUAGCGACGAGCCGUCGGAUGAUCGAGGGUGGUUUCCGACUGGACAAGGGCUACUUCGCGCCGAGCACGUCCUACGAGACGAACAUCCCGUUUGCACUCCGCUUCAUGAUUGAUCGGGAGCUGGCUGGGGGCGGCUGGGUCUGCGCUGCGGAGGGCUUCCGACGGCAGGGUCCCGACUGUGUGAGCACAUGCCAGAUCGAGAUAGACAUGCACUACUCGAACUUGAUGCCGCAGGAGAAGCUGAAGAUUGCACCGUUGCGGGUGCUGUCUUUCGACAUCGAGUGCUACAACCCAGAGGGCAAGGGCUUUCCGAAGGCAGAGAGCAGCCCCGUGAUCCAGAUUGCAGUUUACCUCAAGGUGCACGGUUGUGAGCGCGCGCUGGUCCAUGCGGUGUGGACCUUGAACACCUGCAACGACAUCGCAGGUGCCUUGGUCUAUGCCUUCGACUCGGAGGAGGAGAUGCUCCUAAGCUUUCGGCAGUUCCUGCAGGACUGA